AAGAUAGGCCACUUUUCCAUUUCUUUUACAGAUUACAGGAAACCCCAUUUCAGCAGAACAAUUUAGCAUAGAUAUUGGAGAGAGAGAGAGAGAGAGAGAGAGAGAGAGAGAGAGGAGAUGAGAGUACUUUUUUGAGUGUCCCAAAGAUUAGUAACAGUAGGCAUUAAAGCUGAAGGGCUGAUGCUUUUGCUUGUUUUUUUGUACUGAGUGAAAAGGGGGACCAUUUCUUUUCCCUUUCAUUUUCAAGCAUUUUAAUUUGGCCUUUUGCUUCUAUGAAGAGUUUUCAGAGGCCUAUGAUUGUAGGAUUCAUAGCUUCCUGCUGCUUAUGCACACCAGGCCCAGAUAGAGAUCGAUAUAGAGACAGAGACAGAGAUAGAGAUAGAGAUAGAGAUAGAGAGAGAGAAAAAGAGAGAGAAACUUAGCUUUCUUCUUCACAUGGGUAGUUAUCAAGCUGAGGUAUGUUUGUUUAGACACAAAGAUUGGGCGAUUUGCUUGCUUUGCUCUAUCUCUGUUCCAGUUCCUUAUCUGAUAACUGAAGCAUUCAUUUUCACCAUUUCCUCCCCUAAUCUCUACUUCUUUCAACUCCAGUUGCAUUAGUUGCACAUCAGUACUUUUGCUUCCCUUCUAGUCUUCAGUAAUUCAAGUUUAUUUGCCCUUUGAAUCCACUUGCCAAAAUACCCAUUUUUUCUUGCUUCCUUCCUUCUUCCUCCUCUUUAGAUGAAGAUCAGUCCUUGUUUGUUUCACUAGUUACCAAAAUACCCAUUUUGCUCUGUUCUACUUUCUCCUUCCCUCCUCUUUAGAUGAAGAUCAUUGCUUGUUUGUCUCAUUACAAGUUCUCGCUAAAUGCUUUUGAAGCCCUUUGAUUACUUACCAAAAUAACCCAUUUUCUGCGCCUUUCUAAUUUCUUCACCCUACCCCUUAACUGCAAUUUUCAUUUUCCACCUUUUGUUUCUCCCUCCGAUCUCUAGAAGCCCUCCAAAGUUUCCUCGGUUGAACAUCAAUACUUGUUUGUUUCGCUUAUAAUUUCAGGUAAUAAUUCCCAUGCCCAUUGAUCAUUUUCCAAAAUACCUGUUUCUUAAAAACUCCAAUUCUUGCCUCCUCUCACACAAACUCCAAGUUUACACUUUUUGAGUACUAUGGUUUCGAAGGACUCACCCCCUAAUUCUUCAAGUAUGCUGCACCAAUUCAUCAUCUCCGAUUCCAUUACUGGUCAAAACCAAUUCGAAAACCAACAUUUUGACCACACUAGACACCUAAUGGAUCUUCUCGGUGCAUCCAAUGAGACUAAUCACCAACAAGCCCAAAGGCUCUCCCUAUCUCUCAAUUCAGAUAUGCUUGUCCCUUCAGUCCAAUUCAGACAAAGACCCUUAAAUCCAAAUCUCAUAAGCCCAAGCUAUUUCAUUUCUGAAGCACGGGAAGCUUGUAAUCCAAGAGUGGAGCGAAUUUCGGAUGAUUUUUCUUUUGUGGGUAACAAUAGUCCUUUUGCUUCAUCCUCGGCCUCAUUGAAUCAGUCUUGUUCAGCUGCCUCUUAUGGAACAGAAUUUUUCGUGGGUAACUCCAAGUAUCUAAAACCAGCACAGUUUCUUCUUGAAGAAAUAGCUAAUGUGGGUGGGAAAGCGGUAGAGUUAAGGAAUGAGAGAUGUAUCAGAAGAUUGUCACGAAAUAGCAGGAGAGGUUCAGUCGGCCUUUGUUCUGAACUAAAAGCUGAGUUGUGCAGCGAUGGGUUGUCUGGCGACAGACAUGAACUUAAAGCUAAAAUUGUGAAGCUUAUUUCCUUGCUUGAGGAGGUGGAGAGGAGAUAUGAGCAAUAUUAUCACCAAUUGGAAGAAGUGGUUUCAUCAUUUGAGAUGAUAGCAGGUGCAGGAGCAGGGAAGUCUUACACUGCUCUAGCACUUCAAGCCAUGUCCAGGCAUUUCUGCAGCUUAAGGGAUGCUAUAACAUCUCAAAUCAUUGCUGCAAAGGAAAAACUUUGCCAAGAUUCUCCGAAAAUCAAUUCGGGUUUUUCGCAACUUAGCUUGUUUGACAAAGAAGCCAGACAGAACCGGUUGUCGCUUCAACAGCUUGGAAUGGUGCAAGGCCAAAGGCAGGCCUGGAGACCGAUUAGGGGAUUGCCUGAGACUUCUGUGACUAUCCUUCGGUCUUGGCUUUUCGAACACUUUCUCCACCCUUAUCCAAACGACUCUGAGAAGCUAAUGUUGGCAUCACAAACAGGCCUAACAAAGAACCAAGUUUCAAAUUGGUUCAUAAAUGCUCGAGUGCGGCUGUGGAAGCCUAUGAUCGAAGACAUGUACAAGGAGGAGUUUGCAGACAACGAUUCGGCUGACUCGGAUCCAAUGUUAGCAAGCAGUUCUCUCCAAGGGGAUGGAGAAGAGUAAAAUUUCAAGGAAUGGACUAGAUGGUGAUUGGUGCUGCUUGUUUCUUGGUCUAUGUACACAUCAAAAGGAAACUGUUUUAGCAAAUUUAUUUAGAUAUCAACCAUCUGUGCUGAAAUGAUGCUAGUAAUUGAUGUUAAUCUUUUUAAGGGGUUUGAGUAAUGUGCUUCAAACUUCUUUCA